AAAACGAAACUUUUGUUUAUCAUUAAAAUCAAUAGUCAAUACAAAAUAAAGUAUCUUAGAAGUUAAAAAAUACGUAGUAAUGCUAAACAUAAUCAAAUCGUACACCUAAUUCAUGUCAAAACAUUCGUUUAAACCACUGAAAUGGCUCUCUACAAAUUAUUCAGUUGUAACUUGGAAGUCACGUACAAAAGUUAUUUCCUAUCAAAGGCAAUGAUAUUUACGUUAUUUACAACUAUUAUAAAUAUAAUAUUACCAUUUAUUAUAGCUUAUCGAGGAAGGGGGUUUUGGCUGAAGAGUGAAAGUUAUUUUGAGAGACCUGCAGCUCACUUUACUUAUGAUUACCUGCUUUUAUUAGAGACAGAUGAUCCCAGCCAACCCAUUCUUUGUUCUAAUGAAGAGUCUCUAGAAAACCACGGUGAUGAAUAUUGCAGGGAAUUUGAGGUUAAAGAAACAUACUGCAAGGACAACAGUAAAACAUGCAUGAUGGACUUCAAAUUUAUUAUUAACCCUCCACUAGACCGUACAGUGACUUCAGUUGUACUCAUUUUGGGAAUAGAUUUUCAGUUAAAAGCUACAUGUCCACUGCACAUGCAAAGCCUUGCAGUAGUGACCAAAGACUUUGCAGUGCCUCCAUCAGGGCUGAAGUACUACGGAGAUCUUCUGUUGCAGCAAGUUGAGCAUUUACCCUGCAUCAAGUACAAUAUAGAUACGAAAUACAACCAAUCCCUACUGAACUUUAACAAAGGUGUUACGGAUAAUGUUAUAGAUAACAUAAUGAAAAACUAUUUUGAGAGAACAGUUACAACUCAAGUGAAGACCUUCAAUUCAAGGGCAACAAAUGGGCACACCGGUGCCAUUGACGUAGAAGUGCACAUCCGGGUGCCAGAAAUGGAAAUCCUGUACAUUCCCAGUGUACUGCAAGAACUGAAGUGGGCAUGGCCACAGUACCUGUCCCUUGUUGUGCUGUUCUACUGGAUUAUUAAUAGAAUCAAGAGGUUUGUUUUCAAUAACAGACUUCUUAUGGCCUGGGAGGUCAUGCCAUGGAAGAAAUGAGAGUAAAAAGUAGGCUUAGUUUAGUACAAUCCAGUAUUAUUAAUUAUGUCAUUACAAAUUGCCAGAGCUUUAGUUUUUAUAAGACUGUCCACUUAUAACUUUAAUGUAUGCAUAUUUAAGAAAAUAAUGUCCUGUAUUUUUAAGCAAUAACAUAAGUAACAAUGAAAUAAAUAUAAAAACUG